GUGGAAAUCUGCUGAGUACGCUGUGUCCGUUACAUCGCCCUGGAAGGCUCUCCCACAGCCCCGCGAUACUCCAUGUUACACACAUUUUAGUGUUGUCCAGCCUCGUGUGUCUUGUUGUUAGAUGACACUGUGAUGCCCAGCGCCUGCGCCAGUCCGUUGCAGCUGACGUCACCCUCAGCAUGGCGGUCAAGGUGCAAGCAACAAAACGAGCUGACCCCCAUGACUUGAAGAAUAUUUUCCUCAAGUAUGCCAGUGUGGUGCAGGAGGGGGAGCAUUACAUGACCCCCAAGGACUUUGUGCAGAGUUACCUAGGACUGCACACACAGCCUCUGCAUAACCCCAAAACUGUAGAGCUCAUCGCUGGAGUUGCUGACACCACCAAAGAUGGACUGAUUUCUUUCCAGGAGUUUUUGGCCUUUGAGUCUGUCCUGUGUGUCCCAGAUGCACUAUUCAUUGUUGCCUUUCAAUUGUUUGACAAGACCGGCACAGGAGACAUCUCCUUCGAGAAUGUUCGUGACAUCUUUAGCCAGACCACAGUUCAUCACCAUAUACCCUUCAACUGGAACUGUGAGUUCAUCAGAUUACACUUCGGCCAUGAGCGGAACAAGCGCCUCAGCUACACAGAGUUCACACAGUUCCUACAGGAGCUACAGCUGGAGCAUGCCCGCCAGGCUUUUGCACAGAAAGACAAGAACAAAAGUGGCACCAUUACAGCCUUGGACUUCAGUGACAUCAUGGCCACCAUCAGACACCACAUGCUGACUCCAUUUGUUGAAGAGAAUUUGGUUUCAGCCGCAGGGGGCAGUACCUCCCAUAUGGUGAGCUUCUCGUACUUCAACGCCUUCAACGCCCUCCUGAACAACAUGGAGCUGGUGCGCAAGAUCUACAGCACUGUGGCAGGCAGUCAUCGAGACGCAGAGGUGACCAAAGAGGAAUUUGCGCACGCUGCCAAUAAGUUUGGUCAAAUCACUCCGAUGGAGAUUGAUAUUCUGUACCAACUGGCUGGGCUCCACUCUCACUCCGGGCGCCUGAACCAGGCAGACAUCGAGAGGAUAGCCCCACUGGAGGAAGGAGCCAUGCCAUACCACCUCGCCGAGGCUCAGAAACAGCACCCUCACGACACGUCCCGUCCCGUCUGGCUCCAGGCUGCGGAGUCGGCCUACAGGUUCACCCUGGGCUCAAUCGCUGGAGCCACGGGUGCCACUGCGGUGUACCCCAUCGACCUGGUGAAGACCCGCAUGCAGAACCAGCGCUCCACGGGUUCCUUCGUGGGAGAGCUCAUGUACAAGAACAGCUUUGAUUGUGCCAAGAAGGUUCUCCGCUAUGAGGGCUUCUUCGGAUUCUACCGAGGUCUCCUCCCGCAGCUCAUUGGAGUCGCCCCAGAGAAAGCUAUCAAACUCACGAUGAAUGAUUUUGUCAGGGACAAGUUCACCACAGAAGAUGACACUAUCCCACUGCCAGCCGAGAUUCUUGCUGGAGGAUGUGCUGGUGCCUCCCAGGUGAUCUUCACCAACCCUCUGGAGAUUGUUAAGAUCCGCCUGCAGGUGGCUGGAGAGAUCACCACAGGACCCAGGGUCAGCGCCCUCAGUGUUGUCAGAGAGCUGGGGUUCUUUGGCCUGUACAAGGGAGCCAAAGCAUGCUUCUUAAGAGACAUUCCCUUCUCUGCCAUUUACUUCCCGGUGUAUGCCCACACCAAGGAGAAGCUGGCUGAUGAAGAUGGACGUGUGGGGCCUCUACAGCUGCUCACUGCUGGAGCUAUUGCAGGCGUACCGGCGGCUUCUCUCGUCACCCCUGCCGAUGUCAUCAAGACCAGGCUCCAGGUGGCAGCCCGGGCAGGACAAACCACGUACAACGGAGUCAUCGACUGCUUUAGGAAGAUCUUAAGGGAGGAAGGCUUCACUGCGUUUUGGAAAGGCGCAGGAGCUCGCGUGUUCAGAUCCUCACCCCAGUUUGCAGUGACGCUGGUGACCUAUGAACUGUUACAGAGGUGGUUCUACAUUGACUUUGGAGGACAUCGUCCUGCUGGUUCUGAGCCUACCCCUAAACCUGCCGUCCACGACCUCCCGUCAGUGAAAGUGGACCAUGUGGGGGGCUACCGUCUCGCCGCUGCUACUUUCGCCGGCAUUGAAAGGAAGUUUGGUCUUCACCUGCCUAAGUUCAAGCCCUCUGCAGAGGCCAAAGUUGAGCCUCAGCCUUCGUAAAGCAGGCACCGUGGGUUGCACAUCUUCCGCAAUCUUAAUCUUCCCCUUUUCUGGUUUCACAGUGGUUUUAUGGAACCAUUCUUCAGCUAACUGCAUUUGUGUUUUGUUAUAUUCUAAAUGCUGCAUGGGAAUGGCUUUUUGGUGUUCAUUUGCGUAGCUUGCACAGGUCUAUUGUACAUAUUGUACUUCUCUACAGAGGGACAUUAUGGCUUUAUGAAUGGUUGUUGGUAUUUUAUGGUGUGCUGAAGCUUUGGUGUGCAUGUGUUAUCUUUCAAAGACACGCAGAUGUACAGAUGUUUUCAAUGAUUAUUUUGAAAUCACAGCAAACUCUUGUGAAAUAAUUUAAAUGCAUUUAAUGUAUUUUAUUGAAAUAAAUCUUUUAAACAUUA